GAAUGCUCAAUACUUCCUCCGUGCAGCCAAGCAUCCAACAGAACAGUGUUUCCUAAUUAGCGAUUAUUAAUUCGGUUCUAGCAACGAAGAACCAACUGUCGAACGUAGACCGUUUGGCAGGUUCCUUUCCUCGCCAUUCGAAAAGUAACGGCUGUGUCAACGUCUCACCCGGGCGCGAAAUUUGUUGUCGGUCUCACUUCUAUGUGUGUGCACUGAAGGCGUCUUGCUGCACGUUGUUGCUCAGAUCUUCAAAGGUUACAACAUAGCUUCGCCAGAUCUAAUUCGAUUUAUCAAAGAACGCAUCGACUUUGCAUAGCUACAUCCUUUGUGUUUCAUCUGUUGGUACAGUGGUGGCACGUACAACGUCCGCGCGUGCAUGUGUAUUGGUGACAAAAUCGACCAAAAAGGAUCGAAAAGAACGCAAGAUAACGGCAAAGAAGAGGAUCGCUAAAAAGAGCGUUAACGAGUUCUUGGAGGUACGCAUCGAGCAGCAAUCGCGGAACUUAAUAGUGCAAAGUUAAGGGCCAAAAGCCAGUUCGCUGUCGAAAAAAGGCAUAAUUUUUUGUUGUGACCAGCUUCAACCGCUAACGUCGUGCGUGGUCAUUUUGUUUGUAGUUAGUAUUGUUGCGUUUGGAAGCUCAUUACGACCGUAAGCCGCACCGUAUCGACGACCCGUGCCAACAUGAGUAGUGUCACCAAGCCAGACGAUAAAGCGGUAGACAUUCCGGAAAAGCUGUAUGAUGCUGCCACUAAGCGGACGUUCCGGCGAAUGCGGUUCUUCGGGAAGGGUGGCUUCGCCAAGUGCUACGAGAUAGUGGAUGUGGCCACGAACGAGGUGUUUGCCGGCAAGAUCGUCUCAAAGAAGCUGAUGAUGAAGCACAACCAGAAGGAGAAAAUGACGCAAGAAAUAACGAUCCAUCGUUCGUUGGAUCACAAAAAUAUCGUCGCGUUUUACAGCUUCUUUGACGAUCCGCUCAAUAUUUACAUCGUCCUGGAGCUGUGCAAGAAGCGGUCAAUGAUGGAGCUGCACAAGCGUCGAAAAGUCAUCACCGACUACGAAUGCCGGUACUACAUGCAUCAGGUUAUGACCGGGGUGAAAUACCUGCACGACAAGCACAUCAUUCAUCGGGAUCUGAAGCUGGGCAAUCUGUUUUUGAACGACGAGCUGCACGUCAAGAUUGGAGACUUUGGACUCGCAACCAAGAUCGAGUUCGAGGGCGAGCGGAAGAAAACGCUUUGUGGGACACCGAACUACAUUGCGCCGGAAAUUUUGAACAAAAAGGGCCACAGUUACGAGGUGGACAUUUGGUCGAUCGGAUGCGUAAUGUAUACGCUGCUGGUCGGUCAGCCCCCGUUCGAGACGAAGAGCUUGAAGGAUACGUACAAUCGGAUCCGUAAAUGCGACUACCGGUUGCCUCCGACUCUGCGCAAUACGGCGGCGGAAAUGAUCUGUGCCAUGUUGCAGUCGGACCCGUUGAAGCGGCCCCGCAUUAACAAGCUGUUUGAGUUUGAAUUUCUGUCCGGCAGUCACAUCCCGAACUCGCUCCCAAUGUCCUGCCUCACGAUGGCACCGCGAGCGGAUCAGCUGGAGCAGGCGGAGCGUAUGAAUAGAAAGCCACUAUCCGAAAUGAACGGUGGUGGAGAUGAUACCCGGUUUGAAUCAUCCUUCCUGAAGAACAAUCUACAUGAUCCCAUCACUGCCAGUGGCAUGAUGUCACGCCACAACGAUACGUACCGUACGGACAUAGAAACACUGCACAGGGAGCUAACGAAGCUGUUCCUGGCCAAACCACCCCGGCUAGCGAGUAAUUUGGAUGAUGAAAACACAGAUCCGGCCGUGCAGCCACUGUUUUGGGUAUCGAAAUGGGUGGACUACAGCGAUAAGUACGGUUUCGGCUAUCAGCUUAGUGAUGAAGGAAUGGGUGUGAUGUUUAACGACACCACCAAAUUAAUUAUGCUUGCCAAUGGACACAAUGUUCACUUCAUCGAUAAAGAAGGCCAGGAAUCGUACUGGGACGUGAACAAUUUCCCAACGCAUCUAGAGAAAAAAAUGAAACUGCUUACCUACUUCAAGCGGUACAUGAUGGAACAUCUGGUAAAGGCCGGUGCAGGCGUAAUGAAUAUUGAAAGCGAUCAAAUAUCACGUAUACCGCAUAUGCACACCUGGUUCCGCACGAUGUGUGCGGUCGUCAUGCAUCUAACAAAUGGCACAGUGCAACUCAAUUUCUCCGAUCAUCAAAAGAUUAUACUCUGUCCACUGAUGCGUGCCGUGACGUUGAUGGAUAAUAAUAAAAAUUUCCGCACAUACCGCUUCCAGACGAUCAUAGAACAGGGCUGCUCGAACGAUCUGUACACCAAGAUACGGUACGCUCACGAAAAGAUAAAGAAACUACUGGAAAAGCUAUCCUAAUUUGCACUGCCAGGUGCACCGUACACGUAGUCGGGAUAUACGAAAGGAACGAGUGUUACGCAGCUCAGGAAAAAUAGUGAACCCAAUUCGAACAUGAUAAUGUCCCCCAUUUUCUAAGAAGCAUUUAUAACGUGACUAAAGUGCAGCACAGAAAAGAAUGAAACAUAAUUUUGUGUGUAUUUGACACGGUAGGAUAUUGAAUCCACUAACAGCAAUGAUCUGCACUUGCAUUUAGAGAUAUUCAGGAAGGGGUUUUUUUUAUUAGGUUUUUGUUAAUCUUUAACGUCUUCAGUGUGCGCUAGCUUUUGCUGUUUAUUUCACUAUACAUUUUUAUAUCACGCUCCGGUCCCAUUGUUACGCAUCACUUUGCGCCGCCGUUUGCAACACACAGGAGCGUUCAUUUUUUGUUUAGUUUCGUGUCAUAUUAAGCUGCCGAAGAUGUAUUAUAUAAAGCAAAAAGAAAAAGAUCAUUCCCGUUCACUUGUACUUGUUUUUAAUCUCAGCAUUUUGCAGCCCGGUGGCUGCGUGUUCAAUUGUCUUUCGUUCCGUUGUCCGCGGCAAGAUUUAGUGAGAAAGUAUAGUUAUGCAGUACGGUUUAAAGUAUUAAGAUUAAGUUAGGAUAGCGUCGCUACUGAAGAUAUUUGCAUUUCACAAUCAAUUCCAACGUAAAUAUAAAUGCAUCUGAACACAUGUUCACGAUGGUAACAUGUCAA